CCUCCUCCUCCUCCGCGGACUGUCCCCUCCCAGCGGGUCUCCCUCCCUCUGCAACUGCAGUGGAAGAAGCCUCUGUGACGGAGAGAGACGGAGAGGAAAGACGCCUGAAGUCGAGUAGAAAGCGAGGCCGAGACCCCACAGCGCAACGCGGCCGUGUUUUGUUGUGUUUCUCGCCACAGUUCGGCAGCCCACCGACUCCCUCACUGCUGUACACACUCCCAGUUCCGUCUUCAUCGCCUGGAUUUAAUCAUCCGACCUGCAAGAUGGGAAAUGAAGCUAGUUACCCCCUGGAGAUGUGCUCGCAUUUCGAUGCUGAUGAGAUUAAGAGGCUAGGGAAGAGGUUUAAGAAACUCGACCUAGAUAACUCUGGCUCGCUCAGCGUGGAGGAGUUCAUGUCCCUGCCGGAACUGCAACAGAACCCCCUGGUGCAAAGGGUUAUCGACAUAUUUGACACAGACGGGAAUGGAGAGGUGGACUUUAAAGAGUUCAUCGAGGGAGUCUCACAGUUCAGCGUCAAGGGCGACAAGGAACAGAAGCUUCGGUUCGCCUUCAGGAUCUACGACAUGGACAAGGACGGCUACAUCUCCAACGGCGAGCUCUUCCAGGUGCUGAAGAUGAUGGUGGGCAACAACCUAAAGGACACACAGCUCCAGCAGAUCGUGGACAAGACCAUAAUCAACGCAGACAGGGAUGGAGACGGCAGGAUAUCCUUCGAAGAAUUCUGUGCUGUGGUCGGAGGUCUCGAUAUACACAAAAAGAUGGUGGUGGACGUGUGAGCGCGCCUUUGCUCGCUGAACCCCCGCCGCUCCUCCUUCCUCCUCGACACUCGCUUUCUCCAAGAUCUGCUAAAGACGUCCGGCAAAAUGCUCUCUGUGUAACUCAAUGGAAGUAUUCUCUCUCUCUCUCUCUCUCUCUCUCACUCAUUACUCUCUUUCUUUCUGAGAAGCCACUUUUUUUCCUUUCAAAAAAUCCACAGGCCUCGUGAAGCCAACUUUGAAGUGUUAUUGAACUGUAAAAUCCCCUCCGUGAACCCGGUCAUAGCACUUUAAGAGACUGAAGGACAUCAAAAGCAUCUCCAACUUUGGAUGGGAGGGAAGGGGCUCAGUGAGGAGGCUGGUUGGCUUGUCCAUAUGACAUCAUUUCUUUCUUUCUUUCUCUCUCUUUUUCUUUUUGUUAUUUGUUAUUUUUGAUAUUUAUUUUUGUUCUUGUCUUUUAUAAAGAAGAAAAAAAAAAACAAGUAUAUCUAUGGUUGUGGCGUGAGGAGGUGUAUAGUAUAUUAACACUUGACUUACAGUGCAACUAGAAAGUAGGGUAUGAAGUGCCAACCAGAACAUAUCCAGUAACCAGUCCAAGUUAUUACCCAUCAUCACAGCUGUUGUCCGUGCAGGACAAAAGUGACUCGCAAACACUCCCACGAACCCGCGAGUCAUGUCGGAUUGCAAAAUUACAUUUCAGAGCUGUUACGGUUAGUAAAAAUUCCAGUCACUCUUAGCAAAACAGUCCAGAUGUUAUUUUUUAUUUUGUAAUAGUUUUAUUUAUACUUAAACAUGUGUUUAUAUUGUUGGAGAUGAUCCUAGUUUCCUGUCAUGAGAGAUAAAACAAAUGCCAACAACAUGUCUUUCCAAAAAAUGAUGACAAAGUAUUUUUUUUUUUUGCAUUGAACUGUGACACAAUCUCAAUUCCGAGGCUCGAUUUCGGUCGGCGGCUGGACGGACGGACUAAGCUAAGAACUGACAGUAGACGUGUGAGAUUUUACACUGUUUGUGCGAGUAUAUAGCAAUUUAAGAGACUUUAUCUGCUGGCAGCGUUUUUGUUCAUCAAUAUGUGUAUAUUAGGUAAAAAUCAACGUGCUCAUCAUGUUUUAACAGCAAGAGGAGAAAGGCGCCUCCGCCUCAGCGCAACAUGAGCCCUUCUGAAUAUUUACCCGGUACGGCACAGGAUGGGUCAGUUUUCUUGUAUGCAACACAAACACUUCAAUCUCAUCAUGUUGGCAUGAUGAUCGGGUGUGCACCUCCGAUAGACUGUCCAAUGUAGUUACUCCUUUUUUCCUUUUUUAUUUUUAUUUUUUUUUUUGUUAAACAUGUACAUUUCAAAAGUUGGCUUCUGCUCCCACUUGGUCACAAUCACCUUGUUUUCUCCUCCUUCCACCCACUAACACAAACAGGGAGAAAAACUUAAUAACUCAUCCAGACCGAAUAACGCUUCCUCCUAUGAACGGCAUCAGGAAUAGCUUUUUUGUUUAGCUGUGGAGGCUCGACUGCUGGUUUGAACAGGAGUUUUCAGUCAGAUGUGAAUCUGGAGCACUCAGUUGUCCCUGAUCCCAAAGCUCCGCACGGCUUGGGCCUCCCUGUGCUUGCAUGACAUGGAAAUAUAUUUUUUUGUUGUGCAUGUAGAUCAAUUAUUUGAAAUAAUCCUCUUGUUUACACAUGGAUGGUGAUGUUAAUAUAUUUAAGAAUUUAAUGGUAUACAAUAUGGAUGUUGCCAAACUUUGGUACAUGUACACAUAUUCUAUGAGAGGUAAUCCAAAUGAACUGAACUACAUGUAACUUUUUUGUAUUUUUGCCCGGAUCAGCGAGCUGCUUCUAUUCCAGUGAAGGUUGCAAUCUGAUCCCGUCUCAAACUGCCACACACUGUACUCAGCUUAAAGGGGAAAUUUUUAGGUUUUUUGGGUUUUUUCUUUUCUUUUGUAUAUAAGUAUUUGUUAAAUGCAGUUCUGGCUCUCUGUUCUCUGUAUAGUUCAGAUCGCGCUUUAGUUUAAGUGCAAUUUUUUUCCUUCUUUUUUUUCUGAUGGACUUGGGUUCUUUUUUUAGUUUGUGUGGGGAUAUCUGAAAAUUUACGUUUGAGAACUUUUUUUUUCUCCUUUUUCUGCAUGCUGCAACUUAUGCUGUGGGACUGUUGGAAACUUGAUACUGUAAGAAAAUUAAAUAAAAUUUAAAUAAACUUUGAAAUGUUAAAAGUAA